AUGUAUAAUAAAAUAUAUAUAAAUUUAUUCGUAAAUUUUUAAUAUAAAAGAAAGAAAUAUAAAAACAAAUAAAACUUGAAUAUAAAAUUAUAUAUAUUACUUUAUAAAUAAGUAAUUAUUAAAAUAAAAAACAAAUUUUCAUAUUAAAAAUAGACAUAAUAAAAAAUUAUAUAUAAAAAAUUAAAAAUUAUUAUUUAAUUUUUAAUUUUUCAUUUAUAUAUUUAUUACAAUAAUUAAAAUAUCUUUUUAUAAUCUUUUAUAUAGAAGCUAUUACUUAUUAUAUAUAUAAAAAAAUUCUGA